UGUGUAAGAGUUACAAACACAGGUAUUUUACGGUAUCAGUGAAAAAUUUAAUGAAAUUAUGUAACUACACAAUCGCGUUAUCAACCCGUUGGGGUAGUCUUUCGAAAAAUCCUUAUUUAGGGGUGCUCUGCUAUAUUUGAAGAAUAGGUAUAUUCCGUGGCCCGUUUCAAAGUGUUCUAAGUUCAAGAUUAUACGCCCGUGUGUCAGUAACGUCAGUAUGAUCUAAAAGUUUCCAAAAAAAUUGAACAAAUGUCGGAAAUUCGAUUACGUAGAUGAAUGGACUUUUAUGUCCACACCUUGGCUACUGCUUUCAAUAUGGAUCACCUACAUGUUUUUCGUGUUAAAAUGUGGACCCGCCUACAUGGAGAAGAGACCGGCGUACAAACUCACCAAUAUUUUAGGCUUAUACAACUUGUUCCAAGUUUUACUGUCCUGCUACAUCGUUUACAUGGGUGUAUGGCACAUGAACACACAGGGAAUAGUGAGCUCACACUGUGCGAUUGAAGCAAAAGAUACCCAACCUUAUAUGAUGCGUGGCGUAUGGAUAUACUUCGUCGCAAAGAUCACCGAGCUACUUGACACCGUUUUCUUUGUACUCCGGAAGAAGAUGAACCAAGUGUCCUUCCUCCACGUAUACCACCAUUCUCUCAUGGUCAUCGCGACAUGGUUCGCCCUGAAGUACAAUCCUACGGAUGUGCUGAUAUUCUUGGGAACUCUCAACUCUUUCGUGCAUGUUAUCAUGUAUGGAUAUUAUGGGCUGUCGGCGUAUCCUAGUCUGGCGAAAUAUUUGUGGUGGAAGAAGUAUAUAACGUCGUUUCAGCUGAUACAAUUUGGUCUUAUCACCAUCCACGCGUUUACCAGUGCCUUCGUCUCCAAAUGCAACACUUCUUUUGUCCUUCUGUUUACCAUAUUCUUCAAUCUAGGCGUAAUGAUAUAUCUUUUCAGUGACUUUUAUGUUAAAUCGUAUGUUAAAAAAGACGAGAAAAGCAGGAAAACUAAAAUAACUUUAGAAAAUCAACCUACCGCGAGCAGUUUAGUCGAUUCAAUGUAUGCUACAAAUGUUCAAUCUCUUGAAACUGAAAAAACUAAAUAAAUAUCUAUGAGAUCUUAACUUAAUUAGUGUAAUAUUCAUUGACAAAAUCUGUUUAUUUUAACUAAACAGAGUAUAAAUGAAGCAACUUUUCAGUUAUUAUGAGUUUGUUGUUUAUUGAUGUUUGUUGUUAUUCGACUUGUAUAAAAUCAAAAAGCAUUCUCAACUCAACCAAAAAUUGUAAAAAGAUUUUGUUACCUAAUUUUAAUUAUUCCUUUUUAUUUACUUUUAUUAUACAAAACAUAUCUAAAAUACUAAAAGUUUUUUCAAUGUAAA